AUGUGUGGUAUCGAUGGCAGCGCCAGUGAAUUUGUUCGUUCUCUUGUUGUCAUGCUAAACAACUUCAAGGAGUCAGGGAUGAUCGUGCUCAACGCCAAGCAGUCAGGGAUUGUGGUGGCAACUAAAAAGAAGCGGAUUGUGGUGGCAACGAAAAAGAAGUGA